AUGAAUGUGAACAGAGAAACGGUUCAGCCCGGUGAUAUCUCCUUGCCAUCAGCGGCAGUGGCAGAUCCGAUAUCUUGUACCAUCCACACUGAAGCCAUGGAUGUGAAUGGGGACCAGAGGCUCCCGGGCAAUGACCUAGCUCCCUACUCCUGCCCGGCAAGCCGGGACAGGCCAGGGGACACGCAGGGCAUCUCUGCUCAAGAGGCAGUGGUCGUGGUUCCUGCCCCAACCAGCAACAAUAGGACCACCUCGUUCUCGGUCUUGGACAUUUUGGACCCCAACAAAUUUAACAGCAGCAAACGCCGGCAGUGCAGCAUUCUCUACAGAGCGGCCAGCGAGUACACAGGAGCAGCGGCGGGGGAGAGGGCUGCGGAUGCUUUCUGCGAAAUUGCAGACCAGAAAACGCUAAGUGAUAGCGGUUUGCACACAUGCAAGAAGUCCGCUGACAUAAUCAAAGAUGGAGAUUUCCUAGACAGUUACAAAGCUGAGGAGUGUGAGAAGGACUUUUGCCGGAGUUUGGAGACCGCCGAGCAGAUCUGUACCAGCAGCAGCAGUAGCCAGACCCCGGGGCGAGAAGAACCCGAGGAGUUCAGUGAAGAUAGCAGCGGUGGGAGAGCAGGAGGAGGCGGUGGUGGUAAUAUCGUGGCCGCUGCUGGAGAGAGGAUGUCCGGGCUGGAAGGAGACGCUGAGGACGAGGAAGAAGAGGAGGAGGAGGAGGAAGAGGAAGGAGGUGCAGGAGGGGAAAGUUUGAGCCCUCAGAGCCAGCAGAACCAGCAGCAGCAGCAGCAAUGUCAGCAGCAGCAGCAGGGUCAGAGUCAGCAACAGCACAGGAGCAAGAGAAAGCGCAGCGGCUCGGACGCCAAGUCUGGCAAACCCCGGCGGGCCCGCACUGCCUUCACCUACGAGCAGCUGGUGGCCCUGGAGAACAAGUUCAAGUCAACCCGCUACCUGUCGGUGUGCGAGCGCCUCAACCUGGCCCUGUCCCUGAGCCUGACCGAGACCCAGGUCAAGAUCUGGUUCCAGAACCGGCGGACUAAGUGGAAGAAGCAGAACCCCGGCGCAGACACCAGCGCUCCUACCGGCGGAGGAGGGACGGGAGCUGGGGCUGGAGCUGGGGCUGGAGGGCCAGUGGGUGGAGGUGGACCAGGAGGGGCAGGGGGAUCGAGCUUGGGCGGCCCGGCCGGGGCUCACCUCGGGGGUCUCAGCCCCAUCAGCUCGUCGUCUCCCGUCGGCGGGCCGCUCUCGGUGCACUCGGCUUACCCCGGGCCCGGAGGAUUGGUGUGCGCCACCCAGUUACCCUUCCUGCCCUCUCCUGCCGCCGUGCUCUCCCCCUUCAUGCUGAGCUCGCAGACUUACGGGGCCCCGGCUUUCUACGCGCCACAUUUACAAUAAGAGAUCCGAAACGAA